UUGCAGACACACACAACCGUAAGAAAAGACUCCUCAUUUUUAGGGUCUCAACAAAUUUUUUAUUUUUUUUUCAAACAUAUAUAUAUAUAUACAUUUUCUUUUUCCACUUUCUUUCUGUCCAAACAUGAAUUCUUCCAUUGUACGAAUCAGUAAUCAUCCUCCUCCUCAAUGUUACUUUCCUUCUUCAACAACAUGGUUAAAGCAUUCUAAAAGCUCUACCUUUAAAAGUGCUAAUCUGAUUUCCAAGAGAGAAAACCAGAGAAAUUCUUUGAAAUGUUGUAGUUUUUUCUCGUCGGAAUUGAAUGCCCGGAACCCUAGCAGCUUCACGGAGAUUGAUAUGCCGCCGGGGACUUCCGAGCUCUCCGUCGCCGAUAAGCUGCAACGAUUGGUUUUGGAAUUCAAGUCGCUGGCGGAGCCGAUGGACCGUGUGAAGAAACUGCUUCACUACGCGUCCAAGCUCCCGCCGUACGAGGAGUCGGGUCGGGUUCAGGAGAACCGGGUCGUGGGUUGCGCAACGCAGGUGUGGGUAGAGGUGAAGAUGGAUGAGAAUGGGAGGGUGAGGUUUAGAGCCGAUAGCGAUUCGGAGAUCUCGAAAGGGUUCUGUUCGUGUUUGAUUUGGGUACUGAAUGGGGCUGAGGGUGAGGAGGUUUUGGAACUGAAGACGGAGGAUUUUGAAUAUGUUAACGUUGGGUUGCACGGAAGGGGACAUUCGAGAGUGAAUACAUGGCAGAACAUAUUGAUAACUAUGCAGAAGAAGACCAGAGCUUUGGUUGCAGAGAGAAAGAGAAUCCUCUCUAUGGAAACUUUAUCUUCCAUAGAUGAAAUCACUACCAAAAAUCAUGGAGGUUCGGCUCAAGCUCAUUGUUGGGGCUAAGUGCUACUAGGUGCUGAACUUGAGAUUUGUGAGCCAGAAGUGGUAAUAAUAGAGGGGUGUUUUAAGAAAAACUACAAACGGGGGAACACUUCAAGUUUGAGGUAAGUCAACAUUAUAUCUAAGUCAUUCU